AAUUGUGCUAAGAUAGUUAAAUAAAUUGGCGUUUCAAUCGCUGCGAGGACCAAGAAAGACUGCUCCUUUUGUUCCCACGAAGGCUGCAACCAUGGCGAGCGCGUCGUCCUCGUCGCCACCGGCGGCGACGGACGCUGGGCAGGAGAGGGUCAUGGCCGCCGCGAAGCACAUCGUGAAGAGCAUGGCUGUGUCCAAGAACGCCGCCGACGACAUGAUUCGCUUCUUGGCUACCUACAACUCCCGCCUGCUCCCCCUCUCGUCUCCAGAGGACGGCGAGGAGGCGUCUGGCCGCGGCUAUGACGAGGAGGAGGAGGAACUGAUCGCCUCCGCGGUGGAUGUCAUCCGCAGGUGCAACUCGUCGUCGUCGUCGUCGUCCGGCAUGACCGACUACUUGUACGCCGUCGACGACGCCAUCGCAGCGGCGCCUCACUCUGCCCGCGCCGCCGCUGCCGUGCACGCCGCCAUGCCGCGCCUGGAGGAGGAGGUGCGCUCCUUGCUCUGCUCCUCUUUGCGGCGCCUCUCUCUGCCGUCGGACGACGUCGACGACUCGACGCCGUACGCGUCGCCGCGCCACGGCGCGCUCUCCCCGCAAGCUGCCGCAUCCAUCCGCGGCUUCGCGAACCGCAUGUUGCAUGCUGGGUACGGCCCGGAGCUAGCGCAGGUCUACGUCGCUGUCCGCCGCAACGCGCUCGCGGAGUCCGUGGCGCACCUCGGCGUCGAGACCGUCGCUAUCGAGGAGGUGCUCAAGAUGGAGUGGCCGGUCCUCGACCAGAUGAUGCGGCGGUGGAGCCACGCCGUCAGGGUCGUGGUCAGGACCCUCCUGGCCGGCGAGCUCUGGCUCUGCGACGAAGUCUUCGAGUCGGACGAGGAGCUCGGCCACGAGUGCUUCGCCGACGUCGCCAGGGGCUGCGUCCUGCAGCUGCUCGGCUUCGCGGACGCGGUCGCCAUGUCAGCGCGCGCCGUCGAGAAACUUUUCCGCACGCUCGGCAUGUACGAGGCGCUCACCGACGUCCAGCAAGAACUGAAAGCCCUCUUCGCCGGAGGCGCCGCGCGCGAGUUCAUCGCGGGCGAGGUAUCGAGCGCCGUUGCGCUGCUGGGCUCCACCGUGUGUCACACCAUCGAGGAGUUCAGCCACGCCAUCCACGGAGAGGCGUCACGGAGGCCCGUGAACGGUGGAGAGAUCCACCCCAUGGCCCGCUACGUGCUCAACUACUGUGGCCUCCUCGCCGACUGCCGCAGCACUCUGGACACGAUUCUCGGCGACGGCGGCCUCGAUGACACCGUCGAAGCCUCCACUGACGGCGCCGCAGCCCCGACGCCGUCCGCGCGCUGCAUGCGCGAGCUGCUCACGCUCCUCCUGCGCAAGAUCGAUGACAAGUCCCGACUGUACGACGACGCCGGGCUGCAGAACAUCUUCCUCAUGAACAACCUCUACUACGUGGUGCAGAAGGUGAUGGAGUCCCCUCCGCUCCGCGAGCUCCUCGGCGACGACUGGCUCCGCCGGCACCGCGGCCAGAUCCGGCAGUACGAGGCCGGCUACCUCCGCGCGUCCUGGAUCGCCGUUCUAUCCCUACUUCGCGACGACGGCGGGCCGGCGAACACGUCGGCGGCGCAGAAGGCGCUCAGGGACAAGGCGAGGAGCUUCAACGCCGCGUUCGAGGAGCUGUACCGGACCCAGACGGCUUGGAAGGUGUCCCACCCCCAGCUCCGGGAGGAGCUGCGCAUCGCCGUGUCGGAGCGGGUCAUCCCGGCGUACCGGCCGUUCCUCGGCCGGGCGAGCCGUCUCCCGGCGAGGCACGUCAAGUACAGCCUCGAGGAUCUCGAGAACUACAUGCUGGAUUUCUUCGAAGGCGUGCAGAAGUUCGUCAGGUGAUCACCAGAAGAGAGAGGAUCAUCCGUCAGGAUCAGGUCAUGCGUGCAUUGUGAUCCUUGCAUAGUUUCUUUUUGAUUCCAUAGCUGUUGAUUCUUCCUCUCUUGUAGGUUUCUUGUGUUUCAUAUUCACAUAAAUCAAGCCACAGCUCACAUAUGUAAAUAUACGCUAAGGAGUGUAUAUAUCGUACUUUCUCUUUGAUC